AUGCUGUUAUUUCAGUUUCGCGAUAAUAAGCUUAAGGCAUUGCCCGACUCUUUACAGAAUUUACAAAAUUUGACCAGCGUCUUGUUGCCUUACAAUCAAUUUGAGACUGUGCCUGCUAUUCUUUCAGAGCUCAAGCAGCUUCGAGAACUUAAUUUAUCGCAUAAUCAAAUCAAGGGAGAUGUCAGGAUUGAAUCAAGUACAUUGGAACAGUUGGAUCUUGGCUAUAAUGAAAUCAGAGGAUUUGACAUGCCUCGCAAUACAAGUUUGAUCAAGUUGAAUUUAAGUCAUAACCAGUUAGAGGAAUUGCCACUUUCUUUCAGGAGCUGGUCCAAGUUACAAGACCUAAAUGUUAAUCAAAAUAGACUUGUAUCUUUAUUUCCAGCUAUUCGUGAUAGUACAUCUACUGUGACUCUUGCUUCUCUUGUUCGGUUAGAUGCAGGCAAUAAUUAUAUUACAAGUAUGGUAGAAGGAAACCAAGGACAAGUGUUGAUGCCUAAAUUAAUUGAAUUAUCGCUUAUGACCAACAAACUCGAUGAUUCUGGAUUAGAAGGUCUCAAAGAUACGCCUUAUUUACAAACGCUCGACAUCUCAUCAAAUCAACUGAAAAACAUUCCUUUACUUUUGACGGAUUUGGAACAACUUGAACGUUUGGAUAUCAGGGGAAAUCAAUUACACACUUUGCCCUAUGAAUUGGGUAAACUCACUCGACUUAAAGCUAUUCAAUGUGAAGGAAACCCUAUGCGUUCAUUUACAUCCAUGUCUCAAACACAACUGAUUGAAUCUUUGCGUGGAAGCUAUGCUCAACAAGAAUCAGAAGAACAAGAAGGAGAAGCAGUGAAAAAAGAACAGGAUAUGGACAUUACAGUAGAAGAAUUGAGUCGACAAUUGACUCAAAAGGUCAAUUUGUCUGAACGUCUUGAUUUAUCUCAUAAAGAAUUGACCAACAUACCCAGUGAAUACUUAGAAUUCAAGCAAGAAGUACCAGGCACUCUACUUUUGAAUCACAAUCAAUUCAUUACAUUCCCCAUCAUACCACUCACCAAGAUAUCCGACUUUAUAGUUACUCUUGUGUUGGAUCAUAACCGUCUUACCAGCUUUAAUUUGUCAUUGGAAGGUGUUGUUUUUGCCCAUCUCAAGACACUUAAACUCAACAACAAUCGCAUUAAAUCACUCGAAUGCAACCCCAACACAGCUUCCUUUCCUCGACUGGAAGAAUUGUCUUUGAACUACAAUGCACUCACGACACUUUCUGAUGAUUUGCCCAAGGUAUUACCCUCACUCAAAAUACUUUUGGCCAGUUCAAACAAGUUGGAUAAUUUGACAGACGCUUGUUUUGGACAAGGUCUGGAAAUACUUGAUAUCAGUAACAACGAUAUUGGUUAUUUGCCACCUGGAUUAUCUAGAAUUCAAUCCUUGAAAGAAUUGGUAGUUUUCGGCAACAGAUUUCGAGUGCCCCGUCCUGCUGUGGUAGAACAAGGAACAAAAACUAUUUUGGAGUUUCUUAAGCGUCGUUAUCAAGCUUCUAAUGAAUAA